AUGCGCACGCGCAGUUCCAUUCACCUACUGUCUGUUCUGUUUGCUACUUGCGCGUUGCAAGUAGCAACAAACGAAGACGAUAGUAGUUGUUCUUUUGAUCUUAUGAAAGCCUGUCGAUCGUCUGUGUCCGCUGUGAUGAAGGCAGUUCGCGUCUCUGAGUUUGGAGGUGUUAGUGUGCUCAAGAUGAAAGAAGACGUGAUCAUACCGUCACCUGGACCGAAUGAAGUACUCGUGCGGGUCCAUGCAGCUGGAGUGAACCCUGUCGAAACUUACAUUCGUUCUGGGAAGUAUCCGGCUCUUCCAAAUUUGCCUUAUACUCCUGGAAAUGAUGCAGCUGGAGUAGUUCAUUCUGUUGGGUCGAAAGUGUCACAAUUCAAAAAGGGAGACAGAGUGUUUACCCAACUGUGUACUGGAGCAUAUGCCGAGUUUACAACUGCUGAUCAAAAUUCAGUGUUUGAUCUGCCAGAAAGACUGUCGUUUGCCCAAGGAGCUGCACUUUCUAUUCCAUAUCGAACGGCUUAUGUUGCUCUUAAAAGAGUUCAGGCUCGUGCAUCGGAAACCGUUCUAAUUCAUGGCGCCACUGGAGGAGUCGGAAUUGCAGCUAUUCAGUUUGCUCGAGCAUAUGGUAUGACUGUGUUUGGUACCGGUGGCUCAUCACAGGGUUUAGAGAUGGCCCUUCAAAAUGGUGCUCAUAAAGUAUUUAAUCAUAAGGAGUCCGGAUAUCUGGAUCUAAUUAGAGAAGCUACAAAUGAUGAUGGCGUUGAUGUUAUUCUUGAAAUGCUGGCUAAUGUGAACUUGGGGGAGGAUCUCAAAUUGCUGAAAAUGGAUGGCCGAGUGGCUGUGAUAGGAAAUCGAGGAACUGUCGAAAUAAAUCCUCGUGAAACGAUGACAAAACGGCUUGCAAUUAUAGGUGUUGGAAGAUUUACUGAUGAAGAAGUGAAAGAAGCAAUGGCUGCUGUGGUUGGCGGUAUAGAUCAGGGUUGGAUAACACCACUGGUUGGUAAAGAGUAUCUACUAGAAAACGUCACUGAAGCUCAUCGAGAUAUAAUUGAUGGCAAUGCGAGAGGCAAAAUGGUGUUAUUGGUUCCGUAGCAUUGUUGUACUGUGCACAGAGUCAUGGUUGGUGACUCUUCGAAAAGGAACUCGUUGUUUGAACAUUCACAAUUUUUUGGUUCGGUGGUUUUCUUACCAGUGUAAUACAUUGUACAACUGAAGUUACCAUAUGUGCACUGCAUGCACAAAAUUUGAGGUUUUCGAUCCUGAAAAUGUAUGAAUAACAAGAAAUGCAUGUUUACCAAUCAAGGAGUGGGAUAUUCGGAUUGGUUUGACAAACAGAUGAAAAGCUAUGUGAAAUAUGAUCGCAUAGUGUGACAAACCAGAUUAUUAAAUAUGUAAUUAUUGACUUGUUUUGCAUUUUAAUUAAUUAAUAUUUUAAUUAUUUAUUAAUAAGCAAGGUCGCACAUAUGGAGACUUCUACGAUUUGUUGAUAUCUGUAACCUUUGAAACAGUCGAUAUCCGUCGUUCAGUAAUGACUUGACCUCUAGACAGUGGAGUCAGUGAAGAGUGUGUCUAAAGUAGUACAUGUACAGUAGUACGUGUACUGUAUGUGGGGGUUACAGACCCUGUGUGGGUGGGGAUAAUUAGUGUUACAGGACCGGCUUACAUACAUUUAAUUAAUUAAAGUGUUUAUUAAUAAUUAUUAUUAUUAAUGAACCAAUCAGAAUGCUUAAAGGUCACGUGACGUAUUCUGACUUCCCGACCUUUUCAGACUUGACGUUAAACUAUACUCCAAUCGAACACCCUAACCCGCCUUUCUCAUCUUUCCCCUCUGGAAAAGUCCCAAUCGAAUAUGCGUUACCCUUCAUAUGCUUGCAGGCUUGUGUGUGGGUGUCUCUAAUAAUCCUAAGCUACAUUCUCAACCACUUUCUCAAUCUCGCUGCAGCCACACCCCCGUCACUAAAAACUUAAUUAAUCUGAUCUAAUUGAUCGUUUCCAGCAGCAUUUUUGCUGCACCUUUGCAGCUGUAACUUGCUUUUCUAUCUGCAUUCAUACCUCAUGGAUGUCAUGUCAUGUAAAAUCCGCAUGAAAGUCAUGUUUUGGCUCGUAAAUCUACAGCUCAUGACAAACGCAUGAGCAACGGUUCCCGCAUAAGAAUAGCAAAUGAAUGCUCAUAUGCAUGGAUUGGAACAGGCCAUGUCUUAUGAGAUUGUGGUUUGUACUCAUGAAUAUUCUUAGUAGGCCAUUGGAUACCAUGCAAGCAUGCUGUUGGCAGCAGCACUUCUUUGGCUGGUCUUUCCCGAUGUUGUCAAAUGGUGUACAAGAUUAUUGCAUGCUUUAUUGAAUUGUUUGCAUUACUGUCUUUUUGUGACUGCUUGUCAUCAUGUUUUGUAGUGACAGGGGUUGGUGUGCCAACUCAGUACAUGAGUGUGUGUGUGUGUGUGUGUGUGUGUGUGUGUGUGUGUGUGUGGUGUGUGUGUGUGUGU